ACUAGAGAUGGUCAGAAUAUUUCACGGUGAAAUUUCAUGGUGAAAUUUAACUACAUUUAAUUAAAUUUCAUGAUGAUUAAAUUUCACAUUAAAUUUCAUACGCUUAUAUUCACCACUUUUGGUGAAUAUAGAAUUUGCCAGUGCGCAUGCGUCACAUGACAGAAGAAGAAGAAGAAGUGGAAGCGUCAGUUGAGUCGAGUGUUUUUUCAGUGUUUAUUUCCUGUAAGACAAUUAAUAGUGAUAGUGAUAGACAAUAUAAUUAAGUUUUAAUGAAAAAGACAUUAUUUGUGAAGUGAUUGAGACGAUUUUUCCCAGUAGUGGCUGUGAGAAAGACUGUGAUUUCUUUUCUUCUGCAAAACAGAGGCAAGGUAGGUCAAUAAUUACUUUGAGUGUGCUAAACAGUCAACAGGUAAUUCAUUUGCGUUCAACGUAUUCAUUGUUAUUUGAAAUCUAAGUUCUUGGAGAAAACUACAGACUACUAGUUCUUGGAGAAAACUACAGCAUGACAAGUUGUUUUUGUACUCCUUGGCGUCAAUGGUGUCAAUUUUAACGAAACUGCGCAAUAUUAUUUUGCUUAUUUUGCAUGUAUUACAUGAUUUUCAAACAUUUUCUUUUAGGAUAUGAAAUGAGUGGAGAAGGGGGACGAGGACGAUGGGUGGCAAGAAGGCGAAACAAGCCUAAAAGUGUCGUGCAUGAUUUUUUUGAAAAAUUGACGGAGGAAGGAAUAGAAAGAGGUGAAGCUGUGGCUUGCAAAUUUUGCCAGUGGGACACCGUGCUCAAUGCAACCCGGAUGAAAAAGCAUCUGAUAAACGAUUGCAAACAUGCACCUGAAUCUUUGCGUAAGCUUCUUCAAGGAAAAGAUAAAGAAAACAAUUUAUUCCUGGAGACAGGCGAACUGACUUUGAGUCAAAACCUACGAAAAGAUAUGAGAGCAAGUCGAAGCAGGAGUCCUAUUCCUGUUCCUGGCCCAAGCAGUACCAGCAAUGAAUCGAAGCUACACUUGUCAAAAUCAGAGGACAUGAAAAAAAGAACUGAUGAAAAAUGGGCCAGGGCAAUAUAUGCCACAGCGUGCCCCUUUUCCAUGUUUGAAAAUAAGUACUGGAGAGAAGCCUUAAGGAUAGUGAAUCCGAAUUUUCAACCUCCAACAAGAAAACAACUAGCGGGAAAACUCCUGGAGGAAGAGUACCAGAGGAGACUAAAGACUGUCGAUACUAAGAUUCAAGAAGCCAAUAAUCUCUCAAUUAUGUGUGACGGGUGGUCUAAUGUCCGUAAUGAGGGUAUUAUAAAUGUUAUAAUUACCACUCCAACACCCGUAUUCGUAAAAUCAGUGCAGACCGGGACUAACAGCCAAACGGCGGAUUAUAUCGCAAAUAUAUUGACGGAAACAAUACAAAAAUAUGGACCAAAAAAAUUUUUUUCCGUAGUAACAGACAAUUGUUCUGUUAACAAGAAGGCGUGGACACUUAUUCAAGCUGAAUUCGAACACAUAGUGUGCUACGGUUGCAUGGCACACUGUUUAAACCUUAUACUCACUGACCUUCUAAAUCUGUCAAAUGUGAACAAAUUUGUCGCAAAAGGCAAGAAAGUUGUUGUGGAAGUUAACAAUAACCAAAUGGUUAAGGCGGAAUUACUUAAAAAAUCUGGAAUCACACUAAAACUUCCUGUUAAAACCCGAUGGUUGAGCCUGGGCAAUUUUCUGUCCAGCUUAUUGCGAAACAAGAAGUCUCUCAAACAAAUAAUUAUUGAUGAUACUUUCUCAAAAAAAAUAAGUCAAAAGUCCAAAGACAUAAUUAUGUCCGACGAAUUUUGGGACGGAGUCAAGGAUCUCCAUGAUAUCAUAAAUUUAAUCUCUAAACAUAUAAUAAACUUCGAGAGCAAUCACUCGAAGAUAAGUAAUUGCAUUCCAGCAAUUAACGACAUUGAGCACAAAGUCCAAAACAUAAAUAUGUCUUCAAUGUUCUUCGAAGACAAACACUCAAUAAUAUCCAUUAUAGAUAAGCGGAAAAUAUUUUCAAUCCAGAAAAUACAUAAAUUGGCCUAUUUACUGAACCCAAAACAUCAGGGAGACAGUUUAACUCAAGAGGAGUAUAUGGACACUAUCCAAUUUUUAUUGAAAAUAUCUGAAGCACACCUGGAAGGGACUUCAAAUAUAUUACAGGAACUCGGCCAAUAUAAAAGUAAGUCUGGAAUGUUUGCUUCAAAAUUCGUUUGGGAUUUUUGUGCAGAGACCGACGAUGUUGUGGCUUGGUGGAAGGUAUGCUUCCCGAAGUCUUCUUUGAGUAGCAUUGCUCAAAAAGUUUUAAUGUCGCCACCAACAUCAAGUGCUGUUGAGCGCUCAUUUUCCAUGCAGAAGGAUGUGCAUUCUCUUAAGAGAAACCGACUGCAAAACAACACCGUGGCCCAGUUGAUGCACAUCAAAUCAGAUUUGCAGACGACAGAUUGUGCAACAGGUUCAAGUGCAAAAAUAAACAUAAAUGCCCUUAACAACGCUUCUGAAAAUGAACCAGACUUGUUCUUAGAAACACUGGAAGAAGAAACGUUCGAAACACUGGAAGAAGAAACGUUCGAAACACUGGAAGAAGAAGCACUUGAAACACUGGAUGAAGAACCAUUUGACACACUGCAAGAAGAUACGCUCGAAACCCUCGAAGAAACACUAGAAGAAGAUUCGCUCGAAACCAUCGAAAAAGAAACACCAGAAGAAGAUCCGCUCGAAACUAUCGAAAAAGAAACACGAGAAGUAGAUCCGCUCGAAACCAUCGAAAAAGAAACACCAAAAGAAGAAAUACUCGAAGAAAACUGGUUUAGAGGAGAAACAAACAUGAUCACAGGAAUAGAACAGUAUGAUGAUAUCAUCCAAUAUGAAGAUACUUACGACGAAUGAAGUUUUUUUUAAGCAAUAAACAUAAAAAAAAACAAAAAAAAAAUAGAAAAAAAGCACAGAAACUUAAAAAAAAGGUCAAAACACAGAAAUAAAAAAAAAAAUAUAAAAGUGCAAAAAUAAAUAAAAAAUGUGAUACUUGAAUUACUGUAAAUUACCAAAUGUUGAAUCUGAAUUUUUUAAAAUUUAUUUACGUUCUUUUUUCGUUUUUUUUUUAGAAUUUUUGAAUUUGAUCUGUAUAUGUGAUAUUUAAGAAAACUGUUAAUUAAUUUUAAGAAUAUUUUUAAAAAGCAAUAUAUAAAUCCUGAUAUUUAAAAAAAAUUUAUAUUUUUGAAGAUAUAUUCUAUAAAUAUACAAAAAUAGUAAGACUGUCCAUAAGAUAUAAGAAAUACAAGGCUGUAAAUUUCUUGAUGUUUUAUAUUGUUAUCUUAUUAUUUUCUACUAUUCCAAGUAGUAUUUUUGACAUGAAAUCUAUUUAUCUGAUGUAAAGUGAAAAGCUGGAGCAUAUAAAAUUUAGGGUAUUGUGCUAAGCAAGAAAAGGAAAUUGAGUUUUUUCCUUCUCUCUUUAUAUAGACUGUCUUAAAAUUCAUUUUUUUAGAAUCAAGAGCGAAGUUUUAAAAUUGAUAUUAAAUAUCAGAAAAAAAUUCUAAGAAUUAGAAUAAACUUAUACUAGCCAUUAAUGGCUGCUACACACUUAAGAAAUUUAUGUCCAUAUUGAAGCAAAUUUCCUAGGAUUGUGUAAGAAAAACUUUAAUAUGGACAUCAAUUUCUCUAGUGUGUAGAUGCCAUAACAGACAAAAUAAAAUAUAAUCCCUUCGUUGAUUAUAUCUCGUCAUAACCAACAAUUUUAAGUAUGGAUUACAAAAAACUUUCGUACACUACAUCAUUUUCAUUCAUUCGAAAUUGGGAAACUGCUUCUUUAAAACAAAAAUUUAAUAUGCUUUAGGGUAAACAAAGUGAAGAAAUAAAUUUAAAAAAUCAAUCAUUUUUUCAACAUAAAAUUUAAAUAUUUUAUUUUUCUACAUUCUGUGAAAAUCACUUAUUAUACGAAUUAAAAAAAAAGACUGAAAUAAUUAAUUUAAAGUGUUUUUAAUAUUACAAUUAAUUUAUGAUAUUUCAAAUGUGAUUAUUUUAUUUAAAAAAAAAAGUGAAAAGUCAAAGGAUUUUUCUAGUGUAUUUUCCUUUAUGGCCUCUACUGGAAGCAAUUUUUGUCAAAAAUUAAUUUUUUGAAGGAAAUUCCCUGCAGCGUUGUAGGGAGAAACGUCAAAUUUCUGUCAAAAACGCAAUUUUUGACGAAAAUUGCUCCCAAUGUGUAGACGCCUUUAGGGGGAAACUGCGGCAUUACGAUACCCGGAGUAGUUCUAAACAUUGCUAUUUUCUUAAUUAGAUAUUGAAUUUCAGAAGAUGAGACCUAUAUGAAUUUAUUGAUAGUAUCGGGAUUUUUGUCCACCGAAAAGAAAUGGUUCAUAUAAAUUCAUGUAGAGUAGACAAAAACAUCAGUGUUUACAACUACCCCGUGUUUGCUACUGCCACAGUUUCCCUUAAGUUUAAAACAACAAGAAUGCCAUCGUUACAUAUUAAAAGGAAAUCGCGUUUAUAAUAUGAAAAGAAAAUAAUUUGAAUCUAAUUUUUAAGUCAGUACAUGGAUAUCUCAAUCGCAAAACUUUUGUCAUUAUUGAAUUACAAAUAAUUUACUUAUGAUAGUUUACUGAUCUUUGCCAGUUGAUAGUUUUUUUUUUAAUUUUAAUAAAGUGAAUUAUUUGAGUAUU